AUGCAUAGCCUGCAAGAAAGAAAGGGUCGUACAUACGAAGAGGUCGAAGAGCCUUCGAUCAAGGAUGAUGACUACUUAUUUUGUGAGCAUUGCCAGAACAACUUCAUCGACAGCUGUCCGGCUCAUGGACCCCCUACAUUUGUAAAAGACAAUGAAGUAGCCAUGGGGCAUCCCAACCGCUCAGACCUCACUUUGCCCCCUGGGCUGAGAAUUGGACCGUCGGGCAUCCCCAAGGCCGGGCUUGGAGUAUGGAAUGAGGCAUCCUAUCUGCCGUUGGGUCUGCACUUUGGCCCCUAUGAGGGCCGGAUCACAGAGGAUGAAGAGGCAGGCAACAAUGGCUACUCCUGGCUGAUCAACAAGGGGAGAAACCGCUAUGAGUAUGUGGAUGGAAAGGACAAAUCUCGGGCCAACUGGAUGAGAACCGAAGCCAGAGAUCCACCCACGUUCUUCAAGGCCUCUGGCCUUCUCCAAUCGAAAAGUCAUCAGGAAACAUGGGAAAUGCAAUUACCUCUCUCAGAUCUUCGCAGCGACAUCUGCAAGAAAACGUCUCCAGCCAGGCAAUCUCUAUCCAGUUGGUCGGAAUCCGGAGCAGCAACGUUCUGA